AUGGAGAUCGCUGAUGACGUGAUUGCCGGCAUGGCUGGGGGCGCCUCAACCCUCGCGGUGGGACUGCCACUCGACGUUGUCAAGGUGCUCGCCAGGGAGGGGCCAUCGGCCUUCUACCUCGGGGCAACGCCCGCUGCCGCCAGCAUAAUGCUCGAAAGCACGGUCCUCCUUGCGCUCGAUCGGCAUUGGAAGAGGGCGUUAAAUCGCGCCGCGGGCAGGGAGUCGGAUGCGGAUCUCGCUGCAUAUGAGGUCGCGCAAGCUGAGAAGGCACUGAGGACUAAACCAGUAGUGCCCACCCAAAGCGACAUGCCGCAGGAGUCGCUCUGCGGCGGGGCCACGGCGGUGGGCACGGUCUCCCUGAUCUGCCCGCUGGAGGUGGUCAAGGUACGGCUGCAAAACCAGGCGGCAAUCCCGGGGGCAGGCGCGGCGUGCGGUCCUCUCGCAACGGCGGCAGCGCUGUGGCGCACCGAGGGGAUCUGUGGCUUCUACCGGGGAUAUAGCGCCCAGUUGUGCCGGGACGUGCCCUUCUACCUCAUCUUCUUUACAGCGUAUGAGGGGUACAUGAAGGCUGCGGCGCGGUGGAGCGGUGCCGAGACGAGGGACGGCGUACCUCGGUUGCACGUCCUCCAUGGCGGCGGCCUGGCCAACGCUGCAGCCUAUAUGUGCGGCCUGCCCUUCGACGUGGCCAAGACGGUUGUGCAGUCGGGGGCGGUGCCGAUCGGCGGCGGCGGCGUAUGGAGCACUCUUUGGGCGCUCUGCCGGGCGGACGGGCUGACGCGCCUGUUCCGGGGAGGAUGGCCCCUCUUUUGGUAUGGCUACGUUACGGGAGCGGCGUGGUGGAUCACAGUGGAGACUGUGCAGGCGCAGAUGCAGUGCGGUAAACGUCAGGACGAGAAUGUCGCGGCGGGCCGACCGAUUCUCAGCGACGAGGCUCUCUAA